UAAUUGGUCUCUUUAGGGCUGCAUAAAUUCAAACAAAAUACAGUAAAAACAGCAAUAUUGUUUUCCAUUUGAAUAUAGUUUAAAAUGUAAUUUAUUCCUGUGACGGCAAAGCCGAAUUGUUAUUAGCCAUGACUCCAGUCUUCAGUGUCACAUGAUACUUCAGAAAUCAUUCUAAUAUGCUGAUUUGGUGCUAAAGAAUAAUUUCUUAUCAAUGUAAAAACAGUUGUGCUGCUUAAUAUUUCUGUGGAAACCAUAUUCUUUUUCAAUGUUCUUUGAUGAAUAAAAAGUAUUCGAAAUAUAAAACUUUUGUAACAAAGUAAAAGUCUUUACUGUCACCCUUGAUCAAUUUAACCUUUAAAAAAAUCCUCUGUAAUAUAAAUACAGAGGAUUUAUGGGUCCAGAUCCAGUAACUUCUGUAUAUGCAAACAAUUUUAGUUUUUAAUGAAUAAAUAUCAGUUCUGAUGUUGUAGAGCGUAAAUCUGCAUGACCGGGUUUGAAGUGGUCUGUGAAGUUCAGCUGGUCCUCAAACAGUGCUCCGAAGUUCCUGACUGACCUGUCCUGGAUGGUGUUAUUGUCGAUGAGUCCAGCUGUGAGGAAUUGCUUGGCUAUGUUGAGCUGGAAGUGCUCGUUUAUCCAGGCCGAGAUUUGUGCAGCCCACUGUAGGAUCACCAGGGUGUAAUGAGAGAGAAACGUCGAAGAAGUGUUCCUGUACACGAAAACGAAUAAAACUGGCAAAAUGGGAAAUGGUUCUAUGAAGCUGAAUCCUCUCAAGCAGGUCAGUGGCUCGGCCAAAUCCAAAAACAAUGGGGAAACAAGCUCAGUUCCUCAAGUCCUUAGAGUUAGAGUGGAAGAGUUAGAGAGUCAACUGAAGAAGAAGGAUGAAGACCUGAAUGCCAAGGAGCUUCAGAUCAAACAUCUAGAAGAGCAGCUGACCCAGCAGAGACAGGCCAUCUCAGAGAUCUCUGAUGCUUUGAGGAACAAGUGUUUCCAACUCAACAAGCUCCAGGACGCACUGAAGAAUCAAGGGGAGUUGGGUCUCCUGCCAUCACCUAUCAAGGAAAAGGUCAGUCAGUGUCUCACCGGCCUGCUCAGAGAUACCCUCAACAGGAGGAAAGGAGCAAAAGCUGGAGUUUCUGCAGAGCCUUCAUCUAGAACGUAUGAUUCCAGCGGUAUACCGAAGUUCUACUUUGAGAGUGCACGAGUCUGGAAAGAGCAUAGUGUAAAGAAGCUCCUCACAGAUGCUUUGAAUAAGAACCAGUAUCUAAGGAGACUAGAAGUGCAACAGGUCAAAGACAUGGUGGAAUGCAUGUAUGAGCGGACGUACCAGCAGGGAGAAUACGUCAUAAAACAAGGAGAGCCGGGAAACCACUUAUUUGUGCUUGCAGAUGGCAAGCUGGAUGUCUAUCAGCACAACAAACUGCUCACAUCAAUAGCAGUCUGGACCACAUUUGGUGAAUUAGCCAUCUUGUACAAUUGCACCAGGACUGCAUCAGUCAAAGCGGCCAGCAAUGUGAAGACAUGGGCCCUCGAUCGAGAAGUCUUUCACAACAUCAUGCGGAUGACUGCAGAGGCUCGACACGAGCAAUACCGCAACUUCCUGAGGAGUGUUUCACUUCUUGCCAGUCUACCUGGGGACAAACUAACUAAGAUUGUGGACUGCUUAGAGGUGGAGUAUUAUAAUAAAGGAGACUACAUCAUUCGGGAGGGAGAAGAAGGAAACACUUUUUACAUAAUCGCCAAUGGAAAGAUUAAAGUCACACAGAGCACGCAGGAUCAUGAAGAGCCUCAGAUCAUCAACACCUUGGGGAAAGGGGAUUAUUUCGGAGAGAAGGCCCUCAUCAGUGAUGAUGUCAGAUCUGCGAAUAUAAUCGCAGAUGAGGAUGGGGUGGAAUGCCUUGUCAUUGAUCGAGAAACUUUCAGUCAAACUGUCGGAACUUUUGACGAGCUUAAGAAGUAUCUCCAGAGCUAUGUCGAGAAUUUAGCACGAGACGAUAAGAAAAGAAAUGCUAAGAGGUCAGGGAGCUGCACCCCACCAACCACACCAGUGUCACAUGAUAUGAUAGAGCUGAAAGAGAGAGAGAGCAGCUUUGCAUCCACUAUACCCUUCAGCUGUCUCGAGGUUAUUGCCACACUGGGAGUUGGAGGCUUUGGCAGAGUUGAACUGGUGAAAGUGAAGAAUGAGAAUGUGACGUUUGCUCUGAAAUGCAUCAAGAAACGGCACAUUGUGGAUAAUAGACAGGAAGAGCACAUCUACUCAGAGAGGAGGAUCUUGCUUGAAACAAACUCUCCUUUCAUUGUAAAAAUGUACUGCACUUUCAAAGACAACAAGUAUGUAUACAUGCUGCUGGAGGCGUGUCUGGGUGGAGAGAUCUGGAGUCUUCUGAGAGACAGGGGGAGUUUUGAUGAGUACACUGCCAAGUUCUGUGUGGGCUGUGUGACAGAGGCCUUUGACUACCUCCACAAUAAUGGCAUCAUAUACAGAGACCUGAAGCCUGAGAAUCUGAUGCUGGAUACAGAUGGAUAUGUCAAAUUGGUGGAUUUUGGCUUUGCUAAGAAGCUCAAGUGUGGCCAGAAGACCUGGACGUUCUGCGGGACUCCAGAGUAUGUUGCGCCUGAGAUCAUUCUCAAUAAAGGUCACGGUCUCAGUGUGGACUUCUGGUCUCUUGGAAUCCUGAUCUUUGAGCUUCUUACAGGAAGCCCCCCCUUUACUGGCUCAGAUCAGAUGAUUAUAUACACAUUCAUUCUGAAAGGAAUUGAGAAAAUGGACUUCCCUAAAAAGAUCACCAAGAGGCCAGGUGACCUUAUUCGAAAGCUGUGCAGACAAAACCCUUCAGAGCGACUGGGCAAUCUAAAGAAUGGAAUAACUGACAUUAAAAAACACAGAUGGUUUACAGGGUUUAGCUGGAGUGGUAUGAAAUCCAGAACUCUGAUAUCACCACUUAAACGAGAGGUGAAGGGACCCACUGACCACAGUUACUUUGACAGUUAUCCUCCUGAAGAAGAAAUCCCUCCAGAUGAAAUGUCGGGUUGGGACACCGACUUCUAACUGACCCCUCGAUGCACUCAUCUGCUCAAACAUUGUGAGUUAAACAAAACUCAUCUGCCAUUUGUCCUCUCCAUCAUGCCAGCCUUUUUUCCAAGGAACCUCAGACCAUGAAGCCAACAGAACCAGUGUAUGUGUCGCAACAAUGGACUCCUUGACCCAAGGCUGCUGUUAGUGCAGUGGGAAGCACAGCAGAGGAGGAGACACAUAAGAAAGGAAUUGUUUCACGAUGUACUCAUACAUUGCAAUUAUAAACAUUGUUGAAUUUGACUGAAACUUGUACCAUUGAGAUGUCAGAGCAGGAUCAGUCUGUGAGAAUGAUGUAACCGGGGCAUCACAGAGGAGGAUGGUGUGAAACCAUUGGUAAUAUUUACCUUUAGACAUGUGGAACGGUUUGUGGUUUGGCGGGAGGGUGAGAUGUUCCUUGUUUUAGAAGCGUUGGUGAUGUCACGUAUUUGAGCUCCUGAAGGUAAUAACCACCUGUGACUGUGAAUGCCACUGAUGAGGUUUCAAAGGUUAACCUCAGCGGGUGACUGGCACUGCAGUUUGUGCAACUCAAGCAGAGUUCUGUGUAAAGUAGUAUUUUUAGUGACUUUUCCUAAAGUCUAAGUACCUCAGGGGCCUCAUUUAUAAAAUGUCGUGUAGAAACGGUCCUACGUUUGUACUACAAUACGUAUGCACAGAAAACAAGUGUACGCCUCUCUUUUAGAUGAGAAAUGAUCUUGAACUUGCACGCAGCUGAAUGGUUUCAGUUCUUCGCCUUUGUAAGCGACACCUAAUUAAUAUCAUUAACAUUUAAAAAAUCACCAGUCAUCAUCCAAAUCCUUUAAUUUAGAAUGGAGAACUGCAAGAAUAGCUUAGAUUUCCAAAACCCUGCGGUACACUGACAAGGAAAAGUGUGUAUGUCUGCUCAGACCCUGACGUGGCGCUAAGAACUUUUCCCCGUUAAAGACCAUUUUUAUAAAUAUGAGCAUUGGCAUGGAUUUAUGAGUACGCAUACUCUAAUCUGUCUGUAAGCACGCUUUAUAAAUGAGGCCCCAGAUGACUCAAACCUCUGCAUCUGAGCCAGAUAUGUUUGUGCUGAUGUAAUGUUUGAUGUUCGCGUGAAUAAGAAAAAUGUUCUUCUUUUUUGUGUAAGAAUUUAGAUUUUUCUUUUUUUGAGUCAUCCUGAAAGAUUCUACAAAGAUGUUUUACAUUAAUUGUAUAUUAAAAUGUUAACUAAAAUGGAAAAACAUGAGCAUUUCUUCUUUUUUGUUCCCAGCACAUUUCAAGUUCAGCAAUUGGUGCACACUAGCGAUUUGUAAAUAUCUACUAACUAAUGGACUUUGAUGUUUGUGUGGUAACUUUCCAG